GCGAUUCGUCAAAGGACCCAUCGUCGCCUAUGAAUGAAUCUGUUGCAGGAACCUUGGAAACUGCGACGACACCUGCUGCUACCGAUGAAAAUGCAUCAGUGAUUGAUGAUGCCAGCAGCAAAGGACGUGAUGGAAAGAAGCGCAACACUAAUCCAGGCCACCAAGGUCACAAACGCAAGGUUUCCGAAAUUGACGGCGAUUUGCCUGUUUCUAAAAGUAAACGUGAAAAGUCUAUGACUGUGGACGAUGAACCAAGCGGACGUCCUGUCAGCUCCAAGUUACGACCAUCCAUGACACAAACUAUGAUGCUUUUGAAUGGAGAAAAGUAUGCCGAUAUAUUUCGCAAGCCAGUCACAAAGAAGGACGCACCAGAUUAUGCUCAAGCGGUACUUCGACCAAUCGAUCUUGGAACUAUACAAAAGGCCAUCAAAGCGGGGAGUAUUUCUUCUUGGGAAGAACUGGAGAAGGACUUGAUGAGAAUGCUCGCGAACUGUUGUGUUUACAAUCGUCCUGGAACGGAGGCACACGAGACUGCGAGACAG